GCACCUACAUGUGUAGUGGAAGCUAAGCUAGCUGCUAACCACAACAAGCAUUAGUGAAGUGAAAGGCGACGAAUAAGCGUUAUAUAAACCGAUUUUAAGUACCGUGAGAGUUAGUUUGUACUUUUAGACACUCUUCGUCCAAAGUGGGGUGAAUAACGCAGCGCUAACAAGCUAACUUGUGUUAGCAUUAGCUUCCAGUCUUGCAGUCCCAUGUCAGUGAGCUGUCAGCAGUGAAGGAUGUGGAGAUGUUGACACCAACUCUUUCAGCAGGACAACAGAGAGACUUGGCCGAAAGACUCAGCGCUUUCCUGUCUCACUACAGCCACGUAUCCGACUCCUAUAUUAUUGAGUUCUUCACUGAAGAUCUCUGGCACACUCUACCCAACACCUGGCAGCAGGUGUUGCAGGACCUGUCCUACCCACAGAUUGCAGACCUGUUACUGGAUGCCGCACAUGGAGACCGGAGAUACCCGUCGGUGUGGCCUCUGUCUCUCUUGGCAUUUCGUGCAACAGCUCACGCUCUGGCGUUUCCCAGAGAGUGCGGGCAGGAGCAGGGCCGGACAGCGAGCUAGGUGAAACCUGAGGAGUUCCAGGAAAACCAAAGUCAGAGCUCGCUGCUGGGACACAUAUUCAGGAAACACGUCAAACCCAAGAAACAGCAUGAGAUCCGCAAGCUGGGCACGCUGGUAAAACGACUUUGUGAGCAGACUGCCUGCAGCAGUGUGGUGGAUGUGGGCUCUGGACAGGGUCAUCUGACUCGUUUCCUGUCCUUUGGACUCGGGCUGUCUGUGACCGCCAUUGAGGCUGAUCACACCCUGGUUGCCAUGGCGUCCAGGUUUGACCAGCAGUUACUGUGGGCCUUGGAGAAGGAAAAGCAGAAAAAGAGCUGCUCCUUUCUGGUCCCAGCUUCACAGUCCUCUCCCCGCCACGUGGCUGGUUGGGUAAACCCCAAGGCAUCAUGGGAGGCCUUCAUCAAGCAGCUGAGUGCGGCAGAUUGUGUCUCCGAAGGUUCCCCGACUCCAUCUGGACCGAGCAAAAAGAAACUGCGGGGCUCUGAGCAUGAGCGGUCCUCUUGUGUUGUCCAGACUCCAUCGUGUUGUGCUUCCACAGACUCUGACAGUCGCUCACUGGACUCUGAAUCAACAUCACAGCAUCCGUUAAACACGUCUGUUGAGGAGUCAUCUGCUAAAAACUGCUGCUCGUGUGUGCAGCCUGUCUGUCAGGAGGCGGUAUGUCCUCAGGAGAAUAGCCCAGACUUUGUCCUCACCGGUCUCCAUGCCUGUGGUGACCUCAGCGCCACCCUCCUCCGCCACUUUGUCAACUGCCCACACGUACGCGGCAUCACCUCUGUGGCGUGCUGCUACAUGAAAAUCACCACCAAAGAAAAUCCCUCCCCUCCAGGACGGGUAGCAGCUCCACAAACAUCCGGCCAGGAAGAACUUCACUCAGAGUUCGGCUACCCGAUGAGCUCCUGGGUGCGAGGGCUGCCGGGGCAUCAGUUGUCCUAUAAGGCGAGGGAGGGGGCGUGUCAUGCCAUUGAGGACUAUGUACGGAGGCUUCGGGAGGAGAGCGAGCUGCUAAAGACACACUGUUACCGGGCGAUGCUGGAGACGUUCAUCAGGGAUACGAGGCCGGAUCUGCGCAGGGCCGGAAUCCAAACCAUAAAGAAAGCCCAUCUGCUUCCAUUCACAGAGUACGCCCGCCUGGGUCUGGCACGGGUCAGCCUGCCUCCUGAGAUGCCUCUGGACCCGGAGCGGGUGGAGGCCAUGUUGAGGCAGCAGAGCAGGGUGGUGGUGUAUUUCAGCCUGUCCCUGCUGCUGGCUCCUGUGGUGGAGACGCUGGUGCUGCUGGACAGGAUGAUCUACCUGCAGGAGAACGGUGUGGACAGUCAGCUGGUUCCUCUCUUCAACCCAAACUUUUCCCCAAGAAACUUUGUGCUGGUGGCUCUGAAGCCUCGUGGAUAAGGAGGAGGAAAAUGGGAGACUACACGAGACACGAUGAAAUAUGACCCAAAAACAAGAGAUCCAGAGUCUCAAGGUUGUUUUGUUCCUCUGUUUUUAGAGAUGUUAAAUAAUGAACAUUAAGGGGAUUUUUUUUUUGCUGGCCUUCGGACAUCUUCUGACACACAUGUCCUUCCUGCUAUGAAGCCAAUCAGAUUUUCAGCCUGGAACAUGCUGGAGAUCGAAAGCUUUGGCAUCUUGCUGCUGCCAAAGUGUGCACUCAGUUCUGCUUCCAUAGACGCUGACUGAUUAUUAGGAUUCACCAAAAGAUCUUGCCUGACAUUAGACAGAAAUGUCACCUCGUUACAUUCCGUGUUCAUCUUUGGUUUGACAUUGUGUCCACUCUAAGUGACUCCAGUGGAGGAGGGGGAUUCAAUUUACCCCCCAAAAAAAAUCAUUUUAAAAGGAGCAGUGUGUCAGAUUUAGGGGGUUUAUUGCAGAUUGCAACCAGCUGAAACUUCUCCCGGUAAGAAUUCCUUCAGUUUUUGUUGUUCUGGAGGUUUUUACCGGGAGCUGAAUUAUCCACAGAGAUCUCUUCCUCUCCGACCAGGUGAUUUGAAACGGUAAAAACACUCCAUAAAGCAGUUUCAAGUUACACAUGAAUGUUUGUUCAGACACUGUGUGUAGGAGAUGGGCCCUUAACUAUGGUGGCCAACAUGAAAAUGCAAAUGUCCCAAUCUAGAGCCAGUGUUUGGUUUGUCCAUUCUGGGCUACUGUAGAAACAAAAAAUGAGAUAGAGAUGGAUAUAAACGGCUCAUUCUAAAGUAACAAAAACACAGCGAUUCAUAUUUUCUGGUGAUUUUACACCAAAGAAAACAGACUUAAUGUAUUCCAUUUCUGACAGUAUAUCCCCCUGAAUCCUACACUGGACCUUUAAGUCCACACUGAUGCGUUUCCAUGCCAACAUUCUGGUUUUGCCGGGGUUUUAAGAGUGAACUUAAGCAAAGUAAAAACAAACCACGAUGUCAGGCAAUAUUGAGAAAACAUGUUGAUUCAGAACAGCCUCGAUGGCAACGUCUAUCUUCUCUACAGCGCUUGCCAUUGUUGUUAUUACUGACAACCACUUAAUAACAGUGUAAGUGUCGCCCACGGCUCUCAUUGGCUGUUUUUUAUUUUAACCGAGAAGCCACUGUUUCAUGUUACGAUGCAGACAAAUCAGUCAACUCGAAUUUGUUGGAGUGGGCAGAUUGAAAGGUCUGGACUGAGGUUACCAAAGAUCAUGUUUUCAUAGGUUUGUCAUGAAAUUCAGCACAAACCAAGGCGUAGUUGUUUUGUUGUUACUUUUCAAGAGGAGACACGCCAUGAGAGAUGUCACCAUGAAACUUCUCCAGAUGAUUUCUUACAGGAAAAGACUCCAUUCGUGGACUCGUACUCCACCUCCUGAGCAGAGCAGCAGAGACACACUCAUCUCCAACCUCCAGAAGCUUUGUUAGACAGCACAGGACGGUUGAGAUCACUGAGAGCCAUGAAGCAUUUGGUGUUGGUGGUUCUGGGUUUGCUGUUGUCUCCUCAGCGAGCACACAGCAAGUUACCUUGCAAGCCACUAACAUCCAGCUUUUGUCAAGGCUUGGGAUACACCACCACCCCAUAUCCAACUGGAGCUGUAGGCUACAACCUGCAGCAGACGGGUCAGAUGAUAGAGACGGCUUGUUCUCCAAACAUCGCCGCACUCCUGUGUCGUGUUGUUGUGCCCGAAUGCGGCUCGGACGAAAACAGCCAGCUGAGGCCUUGCCGAGCGCUCUGUGAGAAGGUCAAGACAGACUGCGAGCCUGCCUUCAGAGCGAAGAGGUUAACCUGGCCGAUAAAGCUCCGAUGUGACACUUUAUCACAGACUAACUGUGUGCAGGGCCAAGGCCCCGCUGUACGUCCAACGCCCGCUGGAGUAUGUCAGCCAAUCACUGUCCCUCUCUGCCAAGACCUGACGUACUCUGACACCAUCAUGCCCAACAUGCUGGGCCACAGAAAUCAGGAGGAAGCAGGACUGGAAGUACAUCAGUUUUUCCCGCUUGUAAAAGUGGAAUGCUCCCGUCACCUGAAGACUUUCUUGUGCUCCGUCUACACUCCCAAGUGUGUUUCAGGCAAAGCUCGAUCUCCCUGCAGAACGCUCUGCGAGCAGGCGAGGUCCAGCUGUGAAUCACUGAUGAACAAGUUUGGCUUCCAGUGGCCAGAAUCCAUCAGGUGUGAAGCAUUUACGACAGAGUCCUGUGAAGGCACUGAAGACAUGACUCAAAUAUCCUCUGCGGCAUGUCAGACAAUCACUGUCCCUCUCUGCCAAGACCUGCCGUACACUCAGACUGUCAUGCCCAACAUGCUGGGCCACACAACUCAGGAGGAUGCAGCCCUGGUAGUGCAGACAUUUAUACCGCUCAUACAAGUGGGGUGCUCCCCUCAUAUGAAGACUUUACUGUGCUCCGUCUACACUCCUGAGUGUGUGUCAGGAACACCUCGACCUCCCUGCAAAUCACUCUGCGAGCAUGCACGCUCCAGCUGUGAGCCAGUGUUACAAAGGUUUGGCUUCCCGUGGCCAGAAGCCCUCAAGUGUGACACAUUUACCGCAGAGUCCUGUGAACACUAUGGAGUGGGCAGCAGCGGGGGCGUCUGCGAGCCGAUCACCAUACCAAUGUGCCAGGGCCUGUCCUACAACCAGACCAUCACUCCAAAUCUACUGGGUCACACGAGUCAGAGAGAGGCGGUGAUGAAGAUGUCCUUUUUCAACUCGAUGGUGCAGACUAUGUGCUCAGUGGACAUACGGCUGUUUGUGUGUAUGGUGUACGCCCCCGCGUGUGUGGCAGGGGAGGUGAAGCGGCCCUGCAGGUCUUUCUGUGAGAGGGCCAAACAGGGCUGUGAGGGUUUGAUGACCAGCUUUGGUGUUUCCUGGCCAGAAGAGCUGCAGUGCAACUCAUUCCCAGAGGAAGCGUGUAUAUCAGAAGACAGCAGGCCUGAUAUGUUGACUGCUGAAGGUGUUCUUGCUAAGCUGAAUGCUGGUGGCUACUCUGUUCACGGCAAAACCUUAAGUCUGAAGACAGCCCACCUGCUGUUGACUCUCAUGGACGCAGAUAAGACUGGCGACCUGAAUGUGGUGGAGCUCUUCAAUCUGGAGCACUACGUGGCUGCUACCAGGAGGGAGUAUCUGGAGAGCUACGAGAAGCGGACCCCACCCUCCGUCACUCAAUACCAAAUGAAAAGGGCUCUGUCUGCCCGAGAGUUUGAGUUAGAAGAUGAAACCUUCAAUGUUCUGUGGCGUGAUCACCACUCCGAAGGUGGCAUCGACUACGAUGACUUUGUGGCCUUCAUGACAAAACUUCAGAUCCUCAGAGAUCGUUUCCAGGCUCAUAUGAUGCGUUUGCCGUGUGACUGCAUAGUGGCCAGUUUCUCUUUCAAGCAGUUCAUGAAAUCAGCCAUAAUGUGAGGAUCAAACAGGAGCUGAGCUGAAUGGACCACAGGAGGAAUGCUUGUAGCAUCGUAGCUGUGUAGAGCUGUAGAGACCAUAUGUGUGGUUAUGAAUCCUUUUAUCAUCUUCAUUAUCAAAUCUUCAUGCUUUAAGUAUAGAAACUUUAAAGGGACAUGUGUCUGAGCUAUUGUUAAUGUCUGAAGUUUGUAUUUCAUUUUAUGCGUUUGUUUUCAGAUCAAAUGAAAUCUGCAAAUUUGUCACCUCUCACAUUAAAGAUACUCCGCUGAAAUAAUCAU